CCCCGGUGGCCCGGAUCCCGGCGGCCCCGCCAGGUCUAAUCGCCUCUCUGGCUCAGAGACUUUCCGCUGUAGCUAAUAUGAUGGACGACAACACUGAAUUGAGGACUGAUGGAAAUUCCCUGCUGAAGGCUGUGUGGCUGGGGCGGCUCCGGCUGACCAGGCUGCUGCUAGAAGGGGGUGCUUACAUCAAUGAGAGCAAUGACAAAGGUGAAACUGCGCUCAUGGUGGCAUGCAUCACAAAACAUGUGGACCAGCAGAGUAUCAGCAAGUCCAAGAUGGUGAAGUACCUGUUGGACAACAGGGCGGACCCCAACAUACAGGAUAAAUCUGGCAAGACUGCACUUAUCCACGCCUGCAUCAGGAGAGCUGGGGGAGAUGUGGUCUCCCUGUUGCUGGAGAACGGAGCAGACCCUAGCCUUGAGGAUCGCACUGGGGCCUCAGCUCUGGUUUAUGCAAUAAACGCAGAUGAUAAGGAUGCAUUGAAACAUCUCCUUGACGCCUGCAAAGCCAAAGGGAAGGAAGUGAUUAUCAUAACAACAGAUAAGUCAUCUUCAGGCACCAAAACUACCAAACAGUAUCUCAACGUCCCUCCUUCACCCAAAGUAGAUGAGAGACAGUCACCUCCCAUGUGUGCCUCCCCCUCUGACAUUGAGCUGAAGGCUCCAAUCAGUGAGAAAGAGGAUGACUUCUUCAGCCUCCAGACUGGACACUCAAGUGGUGGUAACACCACGAAGGUCCUUACUGAGCCUGGAUCACCCAGUAGGAAAGUUAGCAACCUCAGGAGGGCCCGUUUGCCCCAACUGAAGAGGCUGCAGUCUGAGCCGUGGGGCCUGAUUGCACCCUCUGUGCUGGCUUCCUCCAUGCAUCAGGAUGAAACCCAGGGUACCAGCACAGACAGCGAGGUCAUUAAGAACCUCAGUGAUAUGUCCUUUCCUAAGAGGGGGCCCCUAUCCAGAACCAACAGCAUCGAUGGCAAAGACCCUGCCCUCUUCCCUACUGUCACAGAGCAGCAGAUUCUAAAGGCUGCAGCACCCUCAGCACCAACCUCUUGGAAAGGCCCGGUUCCCCAACCUCGCCUGACCUGGAGAGGAACACUCCCUGUUGACCAAGAAAGGAGUGGGGCCAACAUAUUAGGAUCCUCUUCUCUCAAAGAGCCAGCCUCCCUCAAAUGGCUGGAAAACAAUCUCUACGAUCCAGACUUACAGCCAAGCCCUGACCCAGCCAACCCUAUUCCCCUUGAGUCAGGCAAAGUCCCCUCAGACAGAAAGAAGCUCAAUGGCUCCCUCCUAUCCCUCUUCCAGGGCUCGCAGGAGUCUCUGGAGGCCAUGACCAGCACUUCCCCCAGCUCAGUGCGCCCCCCACCGCACCUUCUAGAGAGACGAGGUUCUGGAACUCUGCUCCUAGACCGCAUUGCUCACACUAGGCCUGGCUUCCUUCCACCUUUAAAUGUGAAUCUGAAUCCGCCAAUCCCAGAUAUUAGACCUGGUGGCAAACCUUCCUCCCCACUUGCUAGUGGCUUAAAAUCUAUGGUUCCUAUUGCUCCAAGCUCACCAAAGAGAGUUGACUUGAGAAGUACAAAGAAGCUCCUCCGAAGGCAUUCCAUGCAAGUCGAGCAGAUGAAGCAGCUGUCUGGCUUUGGGGAAAUCAAGACCUAGCACCUUUUAGAAUGGCUUUCCCCUCUAAGUCUGUAUGGUUUAUGGGAGGGACCAAAAAUCCGGACCUGUGAAGCCACGCUGAAGCUCUGCAUCCUAAUUAUUUACUAAGGUUGGUGUGGCCACAUCUGAGGACAUGGAGACAGGUGCUGCCUCGUUUCUGAGAUAAACAGGGAUUAUUUCAGAGAAUUUACUGCUGUAAUAAUCCCUGGGAUUGUACAGCCCUACUUGAAAAGAGCUCAGGAAAAUUAGGUUUUAGAGACAAAAUUACAAGAAAAAAAGUUCUCCGAAAGAAGAAAACCUUUGCAGUGUGGAGGUCACACAGCAAGCACAAUGUCUGAAGUUAUCACAAGAUGCCAUUUGAAGGAUGUCAUUGGUUAUCUGUAAAGUGCCUAAAAAGAAAAUAUGGCUUUCACAUUCUUUGGAAUGUGCAAAACCUCAAAGCCAACCCCUAAGCUACUACAUCUGGUUUAAUCCAAUGGAGUAGAAGCAAAAUUCUCUCAACAGAGAAGGCCUGGCCUGUGGCACCUGCCUCACUUUAUGUUGCGGGAGUCACACAGCAUGGCAGAGCUCCUUCAGCUCUCCAGAAACAGGCUCUGUGGGUGUGCACAAAGUCCCACACAUCCCUCCACACACCCCUUUCAGACUUGUCACCCACUGGAGCCACUGGGAGGAGCCCUGACCAGGAAGGAAACUUUCUCCAGUCCCUGGCCCCAACACAGGCCCUGGGUGGAAGUCUUGUGGAAAACAAAGCUAACUAACAUGGACGUGAGUGUCAUGUAUCUAUAGAACAAAAAAGCUUUUCCCAAUUAGUCUUGUGAGAACGUGAAGAGAUCUGCCUGUGUGAUGGGCAACGAAGGGUUCUGCAGUGAUGCUUCUCAGGCUGGAAGUGUGGCCUGCAGAUGUUAGGGGAUGCAAACUGUGAUUUGCCUUCCAGUGAUCUGGGUGAUUCAAGAAACGUCUGGGUUCUUCUUUGCCUGAGUUUUCUGGGUGAUGGGAGAUGUAUAGAAACAAUCUGUAUAACCCUUUUAAACACUUUGAAGAAACCCAAAGAAGGAAGCAGAUAUUUAGUACAUUUGCUGCCACAUUUUAGAGGAAAAUAUUCUUGUUUUCUUCCCAUGUAUUUCUCCUGUCAUGCAGCCCAGGUGUACUUGUUCCAUGGUUGAAAAAUCCCUAGGGAUGGAACCAUGCAGACAGAAGAGUGAUUCUUUGAGUCUGACAGGCUUGGGUUUGCACCCAGAUCUCAUCAUUUACUACAGUGUGACCCUAAGAAAGUAGCUCCCCAUCUCAAGCCUCUGUUCCCUCAUCUGUAAUAUGGGAUCAGUAAUGUUUGCUUUGCAAGACUGUGGUGAAGAUGAAGUGGCAGAGUGUAUUAAAGUGAUUUUGUGCCUGGCAUAGGUAGACGUCACAAGAUAAAAGGUAGCUAAUAUAAAUUUAUUUCUUGAAACUUCUGAAGCCUCAAAAUCUCCAUACUUAAAUGAUAAACACAAUGAGCAAAGUCUAACUGAAAGAUGCAUGACUCCUUGAGAUUCCCACAAGUUCUAUAAACCCUGAUUCCUAAACUCAUUCGUAAAGUAAGACAUUCUGCCACAUAAACUCUGCAUAUCAUGCCAAUUCUAUAAAGACAUUUCCUAGAAAUAGAUCUAAAUAACCCCAACAAAAAUCUUAUAAAGUGCUUAUUUUUGUGGUUCCAUUAGGACAAGCUCUCAACGUCAGUGCCAUUGACAGUCGAGGCUGGGUGAUUUUUGCUGAGGUGAGGAUAUCUGCCCUGUAUAUUGUAGGAUAUUUAGCAGCUCACCAGAUGAUAGGAAUACCUUGCUCCUCACUGUGACAACCAGAAUGUCUCCAGACCUGGCCGGGUGUCUCUUGAGGGCAACAUCACCUUGGCUGGUCACUGUGCUCUAGUGAACAGCUGUGCAAAUAGUAGAAAUGUGCCAAGAACCACAGAGUCAUCUGGACAUGUGGCCUUCGGGACUCUUGGCAAAGAGACACAACACAAGUACUGAAGGUCUCUGUGCCUUGCAGGAUAGGUGGAAAAUGAGAAGAGAAGCACAUAAGGUGGUAAAAAUGUACAGCUCAGGAAUUUGGCUCAAUGUGGACACCCAUAUGGUUCUCAGAACCACUCAGUUGUUACCAGAUCUUACCACAUAGACCCAAUUAUAGGUAAAGAAACAGCUUGCAUCAUUAAAGAGAGAAUUGUUCAAUCAUUGCUUUCAGCAGCUCUCUCUCUCACACACACACACACACACAUACAGAACAGCACAUUUUAAGUAUUUUUCCAGCUAUUGUCAGUGCCAAUUAAAACUACCCUGCUAUGGGGAUAGCAAGACCCAGCAUAGGAACAUUUUGUGUAGGAGCCAAGACUUGGAAGGCUGAUUUGUCUGCAGUAGAACUUGGUGCAUUUGUUGUGAUUAGCUCAGGCAAAGCACCAGGCAUGCAGAGCUGUUCUGUUAUGGUGGCCGGUCCACCAAACAGAAGCAAAGCCAAUGUCAAGAACUCUUCUGCCACUCCCUGCCUGCAUCUCAACAUGACCUGCCCAAAGGCCUUUCUCUGGCAGACACCAGGACGGCCCCUUCUCUCAUCACCUCUUGAAGAUGCAUUAGCUGAAUUAGAUUUGUUCUACACUAGUACAAUGGCCAAAAUAUCUUGUCAUGGUUUAUGCAUAAAUAAACAAUUUUGUCCACAUCAGUGAGUCUCGCAGAGUGCUUUUCAAAAGCAUAUUUUAGAUUCAAACAUGCUUUCUAGAUCAGAGGUUAGCUUUUUAUUUUAGAAUCCUAGAGUCACUGUGUAAGUUAGCUGCAAGCUAUAGUUUCAGUGAUCUAUCCACUUAAGAUUUUUAGACUGUUUAUUAAAAUAUAAUCCCGAAUGUGAGCCUAAUGUUUAAAGCCUGGUACUUUGGUUUAACUUCUAGACAUUCCAAAGCCUUUAAAAAAAAACCCACCAACCCUUGUAGAUUCUCUUGGGACUUUCAUGCAGUGGCCAGCCCCGAGCAUAUGCUGGGCCCUGGACCUCCUCCCUGUGUGUCGGUGCUUUGGCUCCACACUCCUUGUGCUGCUGGUUGGUCCUCUGCAGUGCCCCAUCCCAGUCUUAAGCCGAAGAUGUGCUUAAAGAUGUGUCAAAGUCCAUGUAAUGAAACUAAUAUUUCAAUAAAAGAUCUAUU